AUGGGGCCGGGGCGGGGGGCUGCCUGGCUGCUCCGCCUUCUGGGCUUGGCGAGUCUCCUGGCGCACCUGGAGUGUCAAACAUUUUUGCAUAUCACUUAUCCCCUGAAGAUACCAGCCAACUCAUCUGAAGAUUGUAUAGGUAGUGAUGAGGAUGAGAGUGUUCAGGCCUACACCCUUACCAUAGAAAAGAAGCACUACACCGUCUACCUGAAACAACAGUCUUUUCUGCCCAAUGAUUUUAUGAUUUACACCUACAACCCCGGAGGCUUUGUGCAACCCAGUACCCCAGACAUUCAGAAUGACUGCUUCUAUGAAGGGUAUAUCCAAGGCUUCCCCAAUUCUGUGGCAAUACUCAGCAUCUGCUCUGGCCUCAGGGGCGUGAUACAGUUUGAGAAUGUCAGCUACGGCAUUGAGCACCUGGAAUCUUCAACUACCUUUGAGCACCUAAUUUAUGAACUAAACAGCGAAAACGCCAAAGGCCCAAUUUGGACAGAAAAUGUCACCCAUGUAGACAACCGAACGAAGACACGACAUGUAUCUUAUAAGCUGCUUUCGGAUACUGUGCCGCUGUCAGAUACCACUAAAAGUCACAGGUACAUUGAAGUCUACGCUGUUGUGGACAAGGUUUUGUUCAACUAUUUGGGCGGAAAUCCUGAAUAUGUAACUUCAAACAUUGUGCAGAUUAUCGGCUUUGUGAAUAGUAUGUUUGCCGACGUUAAUGUAACAGUUGUACUUUCCUCUUUGGAGUUCUGGACAGACAGUAAUAAAAUCUCGACCGAAGGAGAAGCUGAUGAAAUUCUCCGGAGGUUUUUGCAAUGGAAAAAUUCAUACCUUGUUCUGCGACCUCACGAUCUGGCCUUUUUCUUCAUGUUCAGAGAGAAGCCAAAUUACGUGGGAGCAGCUUUUACUGGAAAAUUGUGCCUCCGAAAUUUUGAUGCAGCCGUAGCUAUGUAUGAGAAGACGGUCACUUUGGAGAUCUUUUCAGUCAUUCUGGCCCAACUGCUGGGUUUCAGCCUGGGGAUGGAAUAUGAAGACGGCAAAGAGUGCAAAUGCCCUGGACACAUCUGUAUAAUGAACACGAACGCCAUUAAUUCGAAUGGAAUUAAAAAAUUCAGCAGCUGUAGCAUUGUCGACUUCCAAAAUUUCAUUAAGUUCCGGAGUGCCCCUUGCCUUUCUAACCGGCCAAAUUUGAAGCUCUACUCUCGGAAGGAUCUGCCCCAAGGCAAACCGGCUUGUGGGAAUGGCAUUUUGGAACCCGGAGAGAAGUGCGAUUGUGGGAGCAUUGAGCAUUGCAAGAGGAGCAAAUGUUGUACCAGCAGUUGUACGUUUCAGCGGGGAGCCGUGUGCAGUAAUGAAUUAUGCUGUGAAGAUUGCAAGUUCAAGCCAAGAAACACAAUAUGUAGACAAGCGUUAGACAAGAAUUGUGACUUUCCCGAGUAUUGCAAUGGGAGCUCGGCUAUUUGCCCGGGCAAUGUUUACGUCCAAAAUGGCAUCGAUUGCGCUUCUAACACCGGCUUCUGUUAUGGUGGAUUCUGUCAAUCAGCCGACUUGCAUUGCCAGGAGUUCUUCGGAUCACGGUCAAGAAACGCCCCGCAAGUCUGCUACGAAGUGAACAACCAGGCUGAUAGAUUUGGGCACUGUGGCAUCGAUUUGAAAAGGAAAUUUAAAACUUGCUCUUCUCGGGAUCUCAAAUGUGGAAAGUUAAUUUGCACAUAUCCCUACGACACUCCUUACACUAAACUUAAUGUUCCCGUCCUGUAUAUGCCGGUGAAGAACGUUGUCUGCGUGUCCUUGGACCUUAACCAUCCAGAUGGCACACCGAACCCUAUGAUGGUGAAAGAGGGAACAAAAUGCGGACUUGGUAAGAUUUGCCUCAGACAAAAAUGCGAAAGCUACGAUGUUCUGAAUAAUGAUUGUGAUUCUAAGAAAAAAUGCUCAGGACAUGGGGUAUGUAACAACAAAAGAAAUUGCCACUGCGACCCAGGCUGGGCUCCUCCAGACUGCCGGAUCAAAGGAAACCCUAUGGGAGGAAGCAUUGACAGCGGACUUCGCUAUCUGGAUUUGGAUAUUGAGAAAAAGGCCAGGGAAGACAGUAUGCGGACAUGGAUCCUGCUCAGCAUUUUCCUGUUCCUGCCCAUUAUUGUUGGAAGCACCCUUUUGGGUGUCAAAUGGAAACGUAUCAAAAAAUCUUGCUUCGAAGACGAUGACCUGGAUGAGGAUUCUGAGUCUUAUACUAGAUCGGAAGAGAGUAACACAUCGGAAAAAACAAGCGGGCUGAUACAGAUUCAGAACAUCAGCUACGGGAUUGAGCCAAUCGAGUCGGCUUCUGGCUUCCACCAUCUUGUUUUUCGGAUAGAUUACAAUGAUACGGGCCUUCAGUUUUCAAAGCAGAAUUAUUCCAUUAAAUGGACUCCCACGGUGAUUUCAAAGAAAGACCCAGCAGAACCAAUUAACUUUGCCAUCCUCAAAUAUGUGGAAAUGCACGUGGUUGUGUCCAAAUCUCUGUAUGAUUAUAUGGGUUCCAAUGAAGACGUUGUCACGGGGAAGAUCAUGCAGCUUAUGAACUUUAUCAAUACCUUUCAAAACGGAAUGACCCUGGAAGCUUUCUCAGUUAUAGUGGCCCAGUUGCUGGGGUUUAGCGUCGGACUGUAUUUCGAUGACACCAGAGAUUGUCAUUGUUCGGGGACAGUCUGCUUGAUGAACACCAGAGCAGCACAGUCCAGUGGCAUCAAGUCCUUCAGCAGCUGCAGUGUCAAAGAUUUCCAGAAUUUCCUGAACUCUGCCUGGUCCCAGUGCCUUCAGAACAAGCCACGUUUCGAUAUCUCCUACCGAGCACCCCUCUGUGGCAACCACGUGGUCGAAGACGGGGAGCAAUGCGAUUGUGGCACAAUGAAGGAAUGUGAAAACCAUCCUUGUUGUGAAUCGGAUUGCACCUUGAAAGCAGGGAUGCAGUGCGCCCAAGGAGACUGCUGUUUGCUGGGAACCUGCAGGUUGAAGGCCAGGGGUGCUUUAUGCAGAGACCUAGAGGACCCAGACUGUGAUCUCAAAGAGUUUUGCAACGGGACCUCAGCCGAAUGCUCGGAAAACCAUUAUGUGGAGGAUGGACACUGUUUUCAAUCUGUUCCUCCUUCAGGCGUGGAAGUGGGGAUUAAAUUUCAAGGGGAAUAA